UCAUCAUCAUCAUCAUCACCAUCAUCAUCAUCAUCAUCAUCAUCACCAUCAUCACCACCAUCAUCACCAUCAUCAUCAUCAUCACCAUCACCAUCAUCAUCA